AUGCCGGCAAAACGUUUGGGAAUGCUGGAAAUCGCGAAUAAAAUGGCAGAGGACAAAGGAAUAGUUACGUUCCACAAGGGCUCCCUGACGUUCGAACCAAAUGGCCUAGUCGAUAAGCAGGUCAACGUAUUCCAACCAAAUGUGACUAAUCAAAUGGUGCCUGCCUCCUUAACCAGCCUGGAGAAGAUAGGACACUCCACUUUGUCGAUGUCGUCUAGCGGUGGCGACUGGGAGGCCAGUCAAGAGCAUUUAGUACAACUGGAGAGGCGCAUUCAUGUCUGGUAUGCACAGCUGGAUGAGAUGUGCCAGAUGGUUUCUAGCCCUGAUGAACAACGUUUUUACACACAGCCUAUAAUGAGUAAGGUAAAUGGGAGCUGA